UAGCUGUGUCCCCAGCAUAUUAUCCUAUCAUCUUACAUAUAGCAAACUAAUAUCUUCUUCAUACAUUCUAUUUUCCCAUACCUAGGAAUCUCUCACAAAUGACUAAAUUAUCAUCUUUGUUGUCACAAAGAUGAUAAUUUUGAAAGUCAGGCCGGUGAACACCGAAUGAACAGGUGGAAUUCUCAAGGAGCAACUUUUAUACAACUGAUUUCUAUUGCAUUACCUGGAGUAAAUAUUUUCCUCUUUGCAAGGCUGGCAAUGAGGCUCAAUAACACUGCUUCCACUUUCCAGCUUACUGGCUUCCUAGGCAUGGAGAAAGCACAUCACUGGAUAUUCAUCCUGUUAUUGGUAGUCUACAUUUCCAUACUUCUUAGCAAUAGUACUCUUCUCUUCCUCAUCAAGAAUGAUCAUAACCUCCAUGAGCCCAUGUACUAUUUCUUAGCUAUGUUGGCAGCUACAGACCUCGGAGUGACAUUGACCACAAUGCCUACAGUGCUAGGUGUUCUGUGGCCAAAUCACAGGGAGAUUGGCCAUGGAGCCUGCUUCUCACAGGCCUAUUUUAUCCAUACUCUUUCUGUCGUGGAGUCAGGUGUCUUGCUUGCCAUGGCUUAUGACCGUUUCAUUGCCAUCUGCAACCCCUUAAGAUAUACCUCUAUCCUGACCAACAUCCAGGUAAUGAAGAUUGGUGUGGCGGUAUUGACAAGGGCUGGUCUGUCCAUUAUGCCAAUAGUUGUUCGCCUACACUGGUUUCCCUAUUGUCGAUCCCAUGUGCUCUCCCAUGCUUUCUGUCUACACCAAGACAUCAUCAAGCUAGCAUGUGCUAAUAUCACCUUCAAUCGACUCUAUCCAGUUGUAGCUGUAUUUGCAAUGGUCUUGUUGGACUUUCUCAUCAUCUUUUUCUCCUACAUUUUGAUUCUCAAGACUGUCAUGGGCAUUGCUUCUGGAGAAGAAAGGGUCAAGGCCCUCAACACAUGUGUCUCUCAUAUCUGCUGCAUCCUGGUCUUCUAUGUCACCGUAGUUGGUCUGACGUUUAUUCAUAGGUUUGGAAAGCACAUUCCUCAUGUGGUUCACAUUACAAUGAGCUACAUCCACUUCCUUUUCCCACCUUUUAUGAACCCGGUUAUCUAUAGCAUUAAAACUAAGCAGAUUCAGAGUGGUGUACUUCACUUAUUCUCCCUGUAUCACUCUAAGGCAUAACUUUGUUUCACUGCUUUCUGAGGAAUAAUUCAGGAAACCUGGACAGGAUGACAACAUUGCUGCCAUAAGUAACUAGGGAAAGUCAUUGCAGUGAGAACUAACAAAUCCCUCAGCAUUUCAGUGGAAAUCAACCAAUCCUUCUGCUCCUUAGAACAUUAUUUCACCCUGCCCAUCUAUUGCUGAUUUGUAUAUGAUAUAA